AUGGAUCAAGAGGAUAUUAGAGAUAGGUCUACACAAGUGAUUGACGUGAUUGACAAGAAUCUCAAUGUGGACCACAAGGAUGACGUGGAGGAGCGAAAGGAUACUGGUCCAGCCAAUUUAACAUCCAUACUCGGUUUUACCCUCAGUGAUGACUUUAUGAGGAAUGUUGCAAACAACAAGAGUGUGGGGCCGGAUUUUGGUAUAUUGGAGAAAGUGAGAAGCCGAUUGUUGGGAACACUGAACGAUCACCAAUUGUUGGAAGACACACAAAAGAUUGACGAAGGGGAAACCCAAUUAAAGGAGCAUGUUAGUAAUCAUUUUCAAGUCUUGCCGCAGUUGGAAGUGGAUGAAAGUGAGUAUAACCAACCAACACAAGUGAUUGACACGAAAAGUGAUCACAAAGAGGAUUCAGACCAUACACAAUUGCUUGGUUUUGAUCCAACACAAGUUAUCAACAAAUCAACUAUUGAACCAAUACAAGUACCUGAAAAAGCGGAUGCAUGGUCAAGACCCGCCACUCCUACAAAAUUCACGACUUUAGAGGCCAUACAAGUUGUCGCCGAGAACAGCUUGCAGAAUUUGUUUGUAGAGUCAGAAGACGAAGAAGACUCUCAGCCAAUGACAGCAGAAGAAAGACAACGCAAAAUAGCCCAAUUGGCUGAGGAAAAGAAGCAAGCCCGGCUUCAAAAAGAACGUGAAGAGUUAGAGCAAGACAUGACAAAAGGUUCAUUAACCGAGGAUGAGGAUGAGCUCAAUAAUGAGGCUAAUGAUACAGUUGUGUCAUCGCAUAUGAAAAGUGACGGUUUAUCCACAAAGGAGUUGGAGAAAGCACGGGAAUUCAUCAACAUUCAAAAGCGUCAAAUUGACAUCAGGCCAGCUUUUGAGAGAAAACACGUUUUUACAAAGGAAAAGUUUUUGGAUAUGUUUUCAGACGACGAUAAAGAUGAAGAUGAUGAGAAAUAUGGUGCAAUGAAAAAAAUCGCACGUGGUGAAAAGCCAUCGUCCCCUACUAUGGACGACAUAUUAAAGUCGAGCCCAACCACGUCACCAGUAAAGGACAAUGCUUUUGACUUGUUUCAAAUUCCAUCAAAAUCGACGCAACCAUCCAACCCAUUGGAGUUGUACGCACAAAGGUUAAAGCAGCAUUCUCCAAGCUCACCUUCAAAUAAACUUCAAGAAGGCAAUGGGCCUAUGAUAAACUUGGAUACAGAUUCAGACAUCGAGAUUGGACAUUCUUCUUCGCCAUUACGUACUCAACACAAGUCACGAUUCUCGAACCAUGCCAAAGAGUUGGAUGAAAUUCCUGAGCUCACCAAAGAACAGAAAUUUCUUAUCAGACAACGAUUUGCAAAGAAAAAAUACCAGAACCUAAAACAUACCGCCAAGGACUCAGAUAAACACAAGCAACAAAGUAAUUUCUUCAAACAAUUGCAAAAGAGAAACAUUGAUCAAUUGAAAACUCACAAAUUGAACGACCCUGAACAUGCUUUGUUGGAGGAGCUUGAGAAGGAUGAGGAGUCAAUGACAUCUUUAUUGGAGAGGGAGAUGGAAAGGGUGAGAAAGAUUAGGAAGAAGGAAAAGUUACAAGAAAGAGCCAAGUUGGCAUUGUUGGGUAAGAAAUUAGGGAUGAAAAUGGUGGAGAGCGAAGAAAAUGACGAACAGGAUGCACCUGAGAAUGACGUUGGCUCAGAGGUUCCCGAAAGUGACUACGAUUCUGAUGAUGUAGGGCAGCUUGAAGCCGUUGAGGAUGAAGAUGAAGCUGAAGAUGAAGAUGAAGAUGAAGAUGAAUAUGAAAAAGAAAAUGAAAAAGAAAAUGAAAAUGAAAAUGGGGACAAUGACAUACAUAUCAAUCUAUCUUUUGAAGAUGAAGAUGAUGACGAAGAAAAUCUUGUCAAGCAUGACGAUGACAGCCAUGAAUUGUUUCUGAACUUACAGCCAAGGAACAUAGAUGAAUCAUUCUUGUCAACGCAAGGAGAGGUGAAUUUGAAACGUGGACCCAAUUUACCUCUGUUUAAAGAUCUCACCCAGUCACAAUCGCAACUCAACACACAAGUUGAUCAACCUACCCAAGUGGAUACUUCAAUUAUGGGUGAUUUGGAAACACAAGUGAUAAAGCAGGAAAUAGCUACUCAAGCAGAUAAAAAAGUCCAGUCACCAGUUGAUGACGAGGACGAUGAUGAUUUGAUAACGCCCGCACGUGUUAAUAAAGGACGUAAAGCGAUGCGCAGCAAGAUGAUGCAAAUCAAAGAAGAACCAGAGAAUCAACAACAAGAUAUUGAAGAGAAUGAGGACGACAUUGAAGCAGAUGAAGAAGAUUCUGAAGCAUUAAAACAAAAAAUCAAGGAGUAUGAGCAAAAAAUUCGUAGAAAAGAAUUACAAGCUCGUAAACGUCGGAAGGAGAUGGAAAAAAGUGGAAUGAAAACAAUGUUUGAUGGAGAAGCAGAAGAAUCUGAAGAUGAAUGGAAGGGAUUAGGUGGAAUCGAUGGUGAGUUCUCCGAUGUUGCCAAUUCCGAGGAUGAGAAAAUGAUUGACAACAAUUUCAACAUUGAUUUACAAGAUGAUGAGAUUCGCAAAAAGUUUAUGGAAGAAUAUCAAAUCAAAGAUCAACAGGAAUUGGAAAAAUUAUUGGAUGAUAUCAAGAAUCAUAAAUUGAUAAAACGUGUUGGGCAAAAUAACAAUGGAUUCGAUAUCGAAUUGAGUGAUGAAGAGGACCAAUUGUUGGCUGCUUAUCGUAAACAAAAGUUGAUUGAACAGCAACAACGACUAAUGCAAAAUAAGAAGUUGCAAGCAUUGAGUAAAGAUGAAAAAUCAAAGGCAUUUUUUGAUACCAUUCAAGACAAACAUGAAGUUAUUGUCAUUGAUAGCGAUAGUGAUAGCGAUGUGCAAGUUAUUGAUCGUACAACGAGUAAUUGCUUUGCUGGUGGGAAAGAAAAACAAACCAAGGAAAAAGAACCAACAUUUGGUGAACGAGAUGGUGAUGUUGUUGAGAUUGAGGAUGAAGAUGAGGAUUCUUUGGAGAAAGAAGCACCCAUAAAACAAACAAUCAAGAUUGAAGAAUCCUUUGUUCAAAGCAAAUUGUCAUUCUUGUAUCAAAGUGUGUAUGAUGAUGCUGAUGAUGACAGUAGAUACAACCGAAUACAAAGAUUGUCCAAGUUGCAGCAUGGUAUAUCCGAUGAAGAAGAAGAAGAAAUUGAUGAUAUCAAUGCAUUGAAAUCAAAAAGUAUUCUUCAACCGAAUCGACAAGUUACAAACAUUGCACAUAUACAAGCCAAUCCACGCAAGAGGAAAUUAGAUCAAGAUGCACUCACUGAUGCAGUUGAUGGUGGGGACACUGACAAGGAUGAUGAUGAUGAUGAUGAUGUUGACAACAACAACAUCAAUGGCCAAGUCAAUCUUGACGCCGUGGACAAUGAAUUUGAUGACGACGAGUUGAUGCCAAUUUUCAAAAAGCCCUCCGUCACCAAAUCAUUCAAAUCAUUCCAAGAACAAAAGGGAAUCACAUUCAAUAAACAAGGCAAGCAACAGUUCCUGGGGGUCACAAUUAGCAAACAGUAUAAAGUUGUCUCUGGUUCAAAAGCAUCUAUUACAUACAUGUCGAAACUGAACCAGGGCAGAAACGGACCACAAUUGAAGAGUUUUAAAGAACGACAAAUUGAACAGAGUUUACACAGUUCAAGAAACCAUCGCUCGGGGUCUGGGUCCCUGGAAUUGUUUUCAAGUUCUGAUUUCUUAUAG